AUGUCCGUGCCAAACGUCGAGAAACGAGUGAAUGUCGAGAUUGAGACAAUCGAGAAGAUUCCCGCUUUGAAAGUGAUUAAGCCAAAGGUUUUUCCAGAUGAUCGUGGUUUCUUCUCAGAAACUUACAAUAUCACUGAAUGGGCUGAGAAACUCGAUUAUAAAGAAGUGUUUAUGCAGGAUAAUCAUUCUUAUUCAAAAUACGGUGUUCUUCGUGGACUUCACACUCAACCUGGAAUGGGGAAACUUGUCUCUGUAGCCACGGGGAAAAUCUUUGACGUUGCCGUUGAUAGAAUAAACACGCCUUUUUGGAUCCCUUCUGGUUUUCUUCACGGAUUUCAAUGUCUAUCUCCCGAGGGCGCUCAUGUUACCUAUAAAUGCACGGCUGUUUACGAUCCAAAAACUGAAUUCGGCAUUAACCCAUUCGACAAAGAGAUUGAUGUCCAAUGGCCGAUCACUGAUCAAGAUAAGAUCAUCGUUUCUGAGAGAGACACUCAACACAAUGAUCUCUCCUCAUUGCCACGA